UUUGUCAUUUGGUUGAUUUUUACUUCGAAGUAACUCAAACAUCCACGUAUGACGAACGCAACGUUGGCGCAAGCGAUUCUCGGACCGCUGGCAGACAUCGCGGCGGAGGAGGAGCUCAAGCAGUGUAUCGUAGUGACGGAUGAUGGAAGUGUUGAGGCGCUGCGUUGGUCAGGUGGUAUCACGUUCUUGAUGAACACCGUCCACGUGCAUUCGGUCGUGAGUCUGGAUGCUGCCGUGGCUGCGGUGUGCCGCUCUGCCGACGACGACUCGAUGGAACCCACCGCACAAGAGCUUUUUGACCCGUGGAUGACACAGCAGAAACGAAAGAUCCUUCUCUUCACCAGUCGACCCCUCGUCGAGCUGCAGGCUGUGUUGGCAGCCUUGCUGCACGCGGACGUGGCAUCGACCUUGAUCGUCGCCUCGACGAUACCCGAGCGAGCCCACGGCCCGACGUUCUCCUUCGAUACAUUCGGUCAAUCCCUUCUUCGCGGCACCUCAUGGAAGAACAGUCAUCUUCGCGUUCGCUACGUGCCGUUGCUGUACGCAGCCCUCCUGGAACAAUCCGACCCCCGCCGCGACAAUGCCCAUCCUGGCUUGUUUGUGCUCACCCAUCCAUUAUGUGCGCCCGUGUUUCCUCUCAUGCGAUGCCAUCUCAACAAGACCCGUCGCCACCAUCAUGACGACGGCGAUGCUUCGUCAUGGACACAUGUGCAGGACAUAUCUCCGCAGGACAUCCCUGAAUCCAGCCGCAAAGCGUUCAAGUGCCUCGCCCAUGUCCUCGGCUCCAUCAUGAUCCAAUGGCAAUUUGACGUCAAAGAGCGCAUUUUCGCCCUCGGCGCCACAUCCCUCAAAAUUGGUCACACGUUGCAACACUUUUUGCACGAACUCGAACAAGAAUGCACGGUGCAAGAGGUCAAGUCGUUUCAACCAGCCACGCUCGUUCUCGUUGAUCGCACAUGCGAUCUCGCAACCCCGUCGUCUCAUCAGCACACACUCCUCGAUCGAAUUCUGCAGCUCUUGCCGAGAUCGUCCGCCGUUGGUUCCGUCCUGACGAGGGACCACAUCACUGAAGUCGCGCCGCUGUAUGCGACGCCGUCGCCGUCCCCUUCAACCCCGUCGCACGCCGACUCUCCGUCCGGAUUCCUAUCGUCGGUCCAGACGUGGACGGGGGGCGUCGGCGUGUGUCAUCCGCACCCCGGAGCCUCUAACCGCGUGUUCCAGUCGCUGGCUGUGGUACCGCCCCUCUUGGCGCUUCGACACUUGGACAAGGAGCUGCGGGAGGUGGCUAUGGACCUGCUCAAGCAAAAGCUGACACCCGUGCCCGACAAGAAGGCUGACAACCAGCGCGGCCGCGACGUGAUUCUGCGCUGGGUCAAGUGCGUCGUCGACUGCUCGGACGGCGCCGUGACGUGGCAGCACCAGGAGCUAAUACAGGUGGCUCUGGCCGUUUUGGAAACCCUCGAGCGCAUGGAAGCUGGCGCGGAAGUUGCGAAGCUACUGACCGGGUUGGAAAGGGAUCUGCGGGGACGAGCGGGUGCGUCGAUGGUGUCGGACCUAAUUGAAUGGCUGAAUGGAGCAACCAACCAGUUGGACGUGGCCAGUCUGGUGUCCUUGUGCAUGUAUGCGAUGGCCCUUGCUGGCCCCACUGCCAACUUGGACGACGAAACCACCACAGCACUCAAGCGUGCCAUCAUGUCGACGAUUCGCCAAAACCCCACGCAUCCGUUGCUUCCCCAUGGCCUCAUUGCGCAGCUACUCGAUAAAGAAGAAGAUAAUGUUGUCACCACUGGUGACGAUAACUGGGACGAUUGGGGGGACGACGAUGACGACGCUUCGUCACCACCACCACCAUCGUCACACAGUCAACAGCCCUCGGACCAGCUGCAUUCGUUUCUCGACACUUUAGUCGAUGCAUUGCAGGAAUGCGGCCAGCUAUUCAAAGCCAUGCCAGGAGGCCACUCAGGCGAACAACCAUCGGGGCUGCUUGCUCGGCUUAUGGCCCUACUGAUUGACCCCCCGAGUGCACCGACCAUUCCCAAGCUACAACACGUACGUACAUCGUCACAUAUUUCUUUUGCCUGCCAAUAUGGUGUAAACGUCAUCGCAUAUUGGAUGUGGAGACGUAGGUGACCGACGCCACCGAACAACUGACGCGGGCCGGCAUGGACUUGCUCAAGUCGGGUCUGAGCGUGUUUGGCUUUGGCUCGGCGGCGCCGGCACACGCCCCUGCGACAUCGGCCACGGCGCACUGCCAGCUCCACGACACGAUUGUCAUCUUUGUGGUCGGCGGCAUUACUCUGCACGAGGUGCAAGCGAUCGCCCAAGUUGUCAAGACGCGACCCGACUUGCGCGUGCUCGUGGGCAGCACCACAGUCACGUCUCCCGAUAAACUCCAACACCACGUCGUGUGGCAACAGACGACGACUACAUAGUAAUACUAAAACUACUUUGGUCCAAUAAUUAGUCGUACUA